GUUGACUCUGACUUUGCUUCUUUCUCAGAGCAAGCGGCCAGACUGAAAAAGAUGGAAGAGGAAGACAAGAGACAGAAAGCAGAAUUCAGGAAGCGGAUGGAGAAGUUGAUUUCAGAUUUCAUCCAGAGCAGUACACAGAAGAAGAAGAAGUUUGAUCCGAUGAACAAGCUGGAGAGGAGUAUUUUGCACGAUGUGGUUGAAGUGGCUGGGCUGACCUCCUUCUCAUUUGGAGAUGACGAUGAGAGUCGAUACGUAAUGAUCUUUAAAAAGGAGUUUGCUCCAUCAGAUGAGGAGCUGGAGGCCUACCGGAGAGGUGAGGAGUGGGAUCCACUGAAAGCUGAGGAGAAACGGCAGAUUAAGGAGUUGGCUCAGAAAGAAUUGGAGGAAGCCAAAACUCGGCCUUCGAAGGAGACCUGCCCCAACAGCAACUACAAGGAGAAAUACAGCCAUUUAAUUGGCACUGUAGCAGCUAAGGAGGGAGCACACACUCUUCAAGCAAACAAGGCAUAUGGGUGUGUGCCCACAACCAACAAGAGGGACACCCGCUCGAUUGAAGAAGCAAUGAACGAGAUCAGGGCCAAGAAGAAGCUGAAACUGUCGGAUGAAGGAACAGGUGGAUCAAGUGGACAGUAGCUGGGGAUUGAAGCUCAGGUGUGAAUCUCCUUUGGGAGCCGAGACUCCUGUCAGGGUGGGAACCUCCCUGCUCGCUGCUGUUAGAACCGUGCUUUGAUCCUUGGGAUUUGGGGCUGAGACUGCAGUCUGGGACAAUGGGAGGGGAGGGGAGCAGGAUGGAGUUAUGGGGACAUGUAUCUAAACCCAGAAACCUUGGGCUUGGUGCCUAGACCAGGUUUCUGUGAACUGCAAUAAGGGAAGUUUCAUCUCUGCCAUGUUCACCUGGCUGUUCUUUUCCUUGUUUAUCCUCACCUCGCUCCCCAAGCCUGCCAUUAACUAAGUGAACCCUUGCUUAUGGUCAGUGCUGCUGCGGCAGUGGGGGGGUGGGGGCAGCAGACAAAGAUUUUAAUUGUCACUUCUGAGUUGUGAAAUUCUUUGAGGUUUAAGGAAAGCAGCGUCCUGAUGUGGAUGCCUCCAUUGCUUAAACUCAUCAACCACUGAAAUUGCUGCCUCUGGGUGUUGUUAAAUCAACAAAAACUCUGAGCAUUUUGCACCCGCUAUCCCAAAGCUCCAAACUAUACAGCGUCCCCUCUGGGACUCAAUGCUGCCCCUUCCUCUCCUUCUGUUUGUCUACCGCUCAAUCCCACCCCCCCCCCCAGCUUGUGUGAUGAUGUUAAUGAGCUGUGUUGACAGCGAGAGGACUGCUCAUGCCCAAGCCAGGUACCAUCUCUUUCAUUGCCUUGAGAAUCUAACUUGUAACCGUUUUGAAUGGAGUUUUACCUUUUAUCUGCUGUGUUUGAAUGUAAAUUAUCAUCCAUUGAGAUGCUUGGUAUCAGUUAGUUACUGAAAUCAUUUUAUCUUUUCGCAAAUAAACCAUAAUUUCUAACAUU